GUCACUUCGCUUCAUCCCUCCACAAGCUAGAGCGAGCGUAUCCGUUCUCGGUGUGGGUGGACUGUUACCAGGACUGUAUGGAUUUUGCAUUUUCUGAUGGUCUAAGCGUGAACGCCUCUUCUACUCUUCUCCUGAGCGAUACGCGGUGAAAAGCAAUAAAGCGUCUGAUUAAGAAUUCUUUCAUGGUGGUUUACGCGAACACUCCGUUUGGAGUGCAAAGAAAGUCUAGAGCGACGUCCUUGUGUACUUUGUGCGUCUAAAUCCCGAUGGACUACGGCAAUACGAUGGCUCCUCCAGUACCGCCACACAAACCCAAGUCUUCCCGACCCGCCGAGCCGCAGGAGCGGGUACUGAAAUGUGUCCUCCUCGGGGAUGGGGCAGUGGGGAAAACAAGUAUGAUUGUGAGCUACACAACAAAUGGAUAUCCCACCAAAUAUGUCCCAACAGCCUUCGAUGACUUCUCCGCCAUUGUGCAGGUGGAUGGAACCCCAGUGCGCCUGCAGCUUUGUGACACAGCUGGUCAGGAGGAGUUUGACAAGUUGCGUCACUUCUGCUACGCUCGCACCGAUGUGUUGCUGCUGUGCUUCAGCGUGGUGAGCCCGGCGUCCUUCCAGAACGUGUGGGAGAAGUGGCUCCCCGAGAUCAGCCGCCGGUGCCCGCGCGUGCCCCUGCUGCUGGUGGGCACACAGAGCGACCUGCGCCAGGACGUCAAGGUGCUGAUCGAGCUGGCGCGGCGCCGCGAGCGGCCCGUGGAGGAGCACGAGGCCCGGGCGCUGGCGGCCAAGGCGGGCGCCGUGGCCUACGUGGAGUGCUCGGCGCUGACCCAGAAGAACCUGAAGGAGGUGUUCGACGGCGCCAUCGCGGCGGGGCUGAGGCACGCGGAGCGACGCGCCAGGAGGGAGAGGAAGGUGCGCAGCACGGCCGACAAGAUGAAGACGCUCUCCAAAGCCUGGUGGAAGAAGUAUGUCUGCAUACAGUAACAAAGAAAGAAAAGAGAGAGAGAGGGAUGGACAAAAAAGAGAGGGAGGGAUGAAGGUGGUGUGAAAGACCUGAGCCUCCUCUCGGAAGAAAAUUUGCAAAGUUUUCAAGAUUUUCUGCGUGUGUGUUAUCCGGAGAGAACUUUUGGGGAACUGUGAGGACUGACUGUCAAUGGUUCCUGAGGGUAAAUGGUUCCUGAGGGCCCAGUACGGGGCGUUUGAGAGACAAAGCCAUGUGAUCUCUGACGGCCUUGGUCAGAAGGCUUGGUAAUAGGAACAUGGAAAAUGGACACGAUAAACUUACUGAUCCAGCUUCAGCCUCCCCCCUCUUCCCAAACUCAUCACCUCCCCCAUUCUCUCUCAUGUGUGACCUCACCAGACUGACUCUGGAUCAGUGGAUCGUACACACUGAAUACGCAUAAUAUAAGACUUAAUACGAAAUCCGAAUCAGGCUCCCGUCAAUCAGUUUGCUGGGGAAAGGAUUGUGUUUUAAUGGACUUCUGAAUGAAACAACACCCACUUUUCUCUCUUAUUUUUGCCCUCCCAACAAAUUGUUAUGUUUUUUUUGUAUUUAUCUUUUCAUGUCCUGUAUGUCUGCCUAUGUGUGUGUGUGUGUGUGUGUGUCUGUCAAAGACAGCUGAUUCUCAUGAUCUAAGCAACUUAGCCCAGGCUCCUAGCAGUUCUGACCGAUGUCCAGAAGAGCUGUGUUUAUAACUUCCCUCCAGACAAGGCCCCUCACUGGCCAAAGCGUGUGUGUGUGUGUGUGUGUGUGUGUGUGUGUGUGUGUGUGUGUGUGUGUGUGUGUAUGUGUGUGUAAGAGAGCAGUAUUUCCAGACCUCUUGGCUUGCCAAGGCAGGGGGUGAUUUCAUCCUCUUGUCAAGUUUCCUUUUGAAACUUGAGGUCACAAAGCCGCAUCCUCCCCUCUCCCCUCUGUGUGUGUGUGUGUUGUGUGUGUUUGGAUUGCUGCAGCUGUUUCUGAUGAUGACCCUAACCACCCUCCAGGCAACCUCCUGGGCUGCUUCCAAAACAACCCUUGCUUGACUCAUCGUUAUGACCCCUUACCCCCCCCCCCCCCACACACACACACACACACACACACACACUCACACAUCCUUCUCACUCUGUUUGUCUUUAUCAGCUCCGAUCAGCCCAUUAUUUAGCACUCUACAAAAACACAGUCUAUCAUCCUUUUAUCUCCGAUCUAUACUAGUGGUGAGAGAAAGUUCUUAGUGGCUGACAUCAUCUGGCUGUAGGAUAGAGUCUGCUUGUCGAACCACUUUGGUCUUCCUCUGGGGCUUAGAACUAGAGAGAGUUAUUUUGGAAGCUUUCAGGAUUCUGAAAUGGAACUCUAUAUAAUAAAAAGGGUUUUGGCCGGAAGACCUUCUAAAAGUUGCAGUGAAACACAGAGAAGGUUGCAGUGAAAGUCAAACACCUGUGUUAAACACCUGUGUGCAGGGAAUAGCCUCUGGAACAGCUGAGUCAUAAUGGUCAAGGCGCUCUGAUAGCUUAAGGCUGAAGUGUUUGACAAGGUCACCUUCACAGUGACAGUAUGACAAACACUCUGGUCAGUUCAGUCACUCAGAGUUCAGUUCAGUUCAGAACUAUACAACAGCAAACAAGUCCUUCUCAACCCCUGAACACAACAUUUAAAGUAAAAUACAGCAUCACAAAAGGCUUCUCUUUUGAAAGAAGUCAAAGGUACUUUGUGAAUAUUUAUUUCAUCUUGAAAGAACAAAAAAGCGCAUAGAUGCAGUAUGAUUGGUGUUUUACCUGGAUGAUUUACAGUGUUUGAAUGUUUUUCUCUUGGAGUGUUUGGUUUGAUUUUAUUUAAUUUGUUUCUCAGUGUCUAUGUGGCUCUCAGGGAGCCAGAGUACUAGUCCCCCCCCCCCCACCCCACCCUCCCGGUACUCCUCUGGGUUCCCCCACCUUCCUGGUACUCCUCUGGGUGGGGGCCUCGCUCUCUCCCCCCUCACCCCCAUAUUUGCUUCUCAUUAUUCAGAAGCCCAACUACAUCCCAGACACCUGGACAUCAGCCAUGAGACCGAACAGCAUGUACUCCGUCCACUAAACAAACUUCUCAGACAAACUGUGUGUGUGUGUGAAGCUAACUGAACGUGUGUGUGUGUGUGUAUGAGUGUGGAAGUACCUCUGGGUGUCAUGUCUUGAUCAGGGUAACUCUGUGUAGAUUUGUACAUUUAUAUAACACUAUAUUAGGGACUCUUGUCUGUCCUGCUAUGUCUUGCCCUCCUCGACACACACUCACAUGGUUCUUUGGUGUAGUGUGUGUCUGAAGGAGGGUGUGUGUUGCUGACGGCUCUUGGUGUGGUGAUAAUCAUGCAAACAGCAACUGAAAAAUAAAAUGUGAAAUAUUAAAAAUAA